UCCGCUCGCCAAAUUAAAUAGCUCGCAGCACAUCACUAUACUUCCCACAGAUUCAUUAAAAGAGAUAAUCCGCCUUGAUCUGUUCCAUAUUUGCUGAAAAUGGAGCAAUUGAUUGCAAAAAUAUGGUCACUCAUCGGCUUUUUCAUUCUCCUGCAAAACAUUCUUCCCCCCAACCUCCGCAAAAUCUUAAGGGACUGCUUAUCAUCUGUAAAAGACUAUUUCAGCCCACCCCAUUACCAUCUGGAAAUUCCAGAAUUCAAGGACAGUCAUGGACUAAACGCCAACGAUCUCUAUGACGUCGUUGAGCGCUAUCUUAGCGGUGUGGAUGGCAUUACGAGUACCCGAAAAUUGUCUGUGUUUCGUGCCAGGAAAUCCACCAAUUUGGGAUUUUGCCCUGCGUCUGAUGAGGUAGUGGAGGACAGCUUCAGGGGGGUCAGGCUAUGGUGGACUCACAGUUCCCUUCUUGAGAAGCGCAAUGGAGGAGGAGGAGGAGAUAAAGAACGCAAUUCAGUGAAUGAAAGGCGGAGAUUUACUCUCAAAGCGGAGCGCCAAGACAGAGACUUUAUCUGCGCUUACUUCGAUCACAUUACAAAUCGCGCAGCAGAGCUCAAUACGCUCACCAAAGAUCUCGUGCUGUAUACAAAUACAGGGAAUGCUCGUUUUGCCGAAGGAUGGGCGGGAGUUCCCUUCAAACAUCCCUCGACCUUUGCAUCUCUGGCUCUCGAUCCCCUGCUCAAGUGCAGAAUUCUCAGAGAUCUUGACCGAUUUAAGGGGGGAAGAGAGUUUUACAGACGGAUUGGGCGUUGCUGGAAGCGCGGGUAUCUUCUUCACGGGCCUCCUGGAACAGGGAAAUCGAGCCUCAUCGCUGCCAUUGCUAAUCACAUGAGAUAUGAUGUUUAUGAUCUGGAGCUCACGCAAGUGAUUGACAACAAUGAUCUUCGCGCGCUUCUUAGGCAAACAAAAGGGAGAUCUGUGAUUAUUAUUGAGGACAUUGACUGCUCAAUCAAUCUGGGUCAGAGGGUUUCGAAUCCUCCACCAGUCAAUCAAGUAGAGCAGAAGAGAAGGGGAAUUACAUUGUCUGGUUUGCUGAAUUUCACAGACGGUCUGUGGUCCUGUUCCGGCGAGGAGCGGAUUAUUGUGUUUACAACGAAUCACAAGGAAAUGCUUGAUCCUGCACUUCUCAGAAGUGGGCGAAUGGAUAUGCACAUUUUCCUUUCGUUCUGCAACUUUGAGGCAUUUAAAACUCUCGCCUUUAACUAUUUGCAGGUUGAGGACCAUCCUCUGUUUGCAGCUGUGGAGGAGAAGAUGAUCUCGGGGACAGAAAUGACUUGUGCAGAAAUUAUAGAGGUUUUGAUGGAUAGAGUGGAGGAGCCCACUGAUGCGCUGAAUGAUUUGAUUUGUGCCCUGGAUGCCAAGAUUAAGGUUAAAGAAGAAGUGCUUCCAGUUCCAGUUCCAGUUCCAACUCUGUAAUUUCCUUCUGACAGUCUGCUGAUUGUCUUUGUUAUAUUUUUGUAAUUGAAGAACUCAUUUUGACAGUCUUAAAUUUUCAAUAAAAAAAAAUGGGGCAACAAUAAAUUAUGCCUUUCUAUCAC